UCUCUCUCUCUCUCUCUCUCUCUCUCCCCUCUCUCUCUCCUCACCCACACGUCUCAGGUGUGUUGUCAGUGUCUGGAUGUCGUGCAACACAUUUAUCACCACCAUCAUCUGGACGAACGAGCAGCAGCCCGACAACCAGCCAACCUCUGGACGUGACGAUGGAGGGCUCAGACUAUGACAGCUUGCUCAACCAAUCAGAUUUCGACUGUAACGGGACUGAUUGUUCAUAUGGAGGCCAUGAACCGUGCUCUCACCAGACCAACCAUUGGGUGGAGCGUGUGAUUGUUCCGUACAUCCACUCCAUCAUCUGCAUCCUGGGCCUCGUGGGGAACAUCCUGGUGAUCGUCACCUACGCCUUCUACAAGAGGACCAAGUCCAUGACGGACAUCUACCUGCUGAACGUGGCCGUCGCCGACCUGCUGUUCGUGGUGUCGCUGCCUCUGAUCGUCUACAGCGAGCUGUCGGCGUGGUCCCUGGGGCCCGUGGCGUGCAAGCUGCUGCGCGGCUCCUACAGCGUCAACCUGUACAGCGGCAUGCUGCUGCUCGCCUGCAUCAGCACCGACCGCUACAUCGCCAUCGUCCAGGCGCGCCGCAGCUUCAGACUGCGCUCACUGCGGUACAGCCGCCUCAUCUGUGCCGCCGUCUGGGUCACCGCCUUCCUGCUGUCCGUCCCGUCCUUCUACUUUUACACCUGGUACGAGCCGUCCCACAGCAGGUACACCUACCUGUUAGAGGAGGACCUGAUCCAGCCCCCCGAGCCGUCUCACUACGUCUGUGAGUUCAAGUUCCUAGACAGCGCCACGGCGUGGAAGACCAAGGUGGCGGUCCCCAGCACGCAGCUCGCCGUGGGCUUCUUCCUGCCGCUGCUCGUCAUGCUCUUCUGCUACACCGCCGUCAUCGUCACGCUGCUCAAGGCCAAAAACUUCCAGCGGCACAAGGCGGUGCGGGUGGUGAUGGUGGUGGUGGUGGUGUUCGUCACGUGUCAUCUCCCGUACAACGUCACACUGCUCAUCGACACGGUCAACAUGUUUGGAGAACUGUCGUGUGAAGAGUCGGACGCCAUGCUCACGGCAAAGACGCUGACGCAGACCGUCGCCUACCUACACUGCUGCCUGAACCCCAUCCUGUAUGCCUUCGUGGGGGUGAAGUUCAGGACCCACUUCAGGAGGAUCGUGCGGGACCUGUGGUGUCUGGGCAAGAGGUACAUCGCUCCACGCCGCUUCUCCAGGACCACCUCCGAUUACUUCAUGUCCACUCGCCGCACGGUGGACGUAGGCAGCGAGAACGGCUCGUCUUUCACCAUGUGAGGACGGCCGGCGAGUUCCCCUUUGGAUCCGUCUGAUGGGGGGCAGGAACUUUGUAGAACUGGAGGACUGCUGGUCUCUGAAUGUCCAGACCUGCUUUAAGCCCGUCAGUCUGUAAGCUCAGGCAGGAGGUCUUCAGAGAACUACAAAUGUCUUUAAGUUCAAAUCUUUGUUAAAGGGAUACUUCACCAUGAAACAUGAAUCUGUAUUGACAUCGGGUCAUAUAUGUAGAAAUGUGAAAUACAUUUUGAAGUUGGUUCCUUCUUGACCGAGAAAAGACAGAAAGUGUCUUUUUGGCUCAUGUGGAUGAAAGACACCAAAUCCCAGAAUGCACUGCACCGCAGGUCCUCUAGUUCAGAAUCAGAAAUACUUUAUUAAUCCCAGAGGGAAAUUCGAUCGUUACAGUUUCUCCAAAAUAGAAUAGAAUAGAAUAGAAUAGAAUGACUUUAUUGAUCCCAAACUGGGAAAUUGUGGCGUUACAGCAGCAGGUUAUCCAAACACACAAUAUGAGCAAAUCUAAACACAAUAUAAUAUUAAAUACAAAGUAAAUAAGCACCAGGAUGUAACUGAGCAUUACUAGUCUUAAAUAUGAAAGAUUAAAUGUAAAUGUGCAAAAAAUGAGUCGUAAAUGGACAGUAUUUACUUAGGGAGCUGUGCAAUCAGUGAUACAUCAGUUAAAGUGCAGGAGUGCAGACAUGUUAUCAACAGAAACUAUUCAAUAUAACGGCGAGUAGACAGUAGACAGAUGAAGUGAACUAUACAAAAAAUAUACAAUAUACAAUAAGAAUAUACAAUAUAGCAGUAGAAAUAUAGUAAUAAAAACAUUUACAGACAUAUUUACUUCAACACAUGAGACCAUUUCCUCAACUGAUUCAGAGAUUUCUUCCAGAAUUGGUCUUGGAAAUUCCAGUGACACAAAAAUCAUCAUUUUGCGUCACUGGAAUUUGGACUUUGAAUUUCCAGACUUAGAAAUACAAAGAUUUCCCAUCUCAGGGGAAAAUGAGGGCGGGAUGCAUGACCAUUCAAAAAUACUACCAGGUUUCUAAUGAUACAAAGAUUAAUGUUAAUGAGUGAAGUAUCCCUUUAAAUCAGAUAGCUUACCUCCUCUGUCUGACCUGCCCACAGGUCAGAGGUCACUGCACACUGUGACCUCACUUUGCUCUGAUCUGUUCACCUGCCAUGUUUCAGACUGUGGAGCCCCCUGGUAGUUCAACUCUGCUACUUCAUGACUGUCAGCUGUGUUCCUGUCGGUGUGGAGAGAAAAUAGUUUAUAUCAAAUACAAAACAGGUUUCUAAGUUUCAGAUCGAGUCUUUCUUACUAAAACCUUCCGAUGUUUUUAUAAUUCAGUGGAUCCAGAUCUCUGAACAUGAAGCAGCCUUGUGUUCAGCUCUGAUGCUGAAGGAGUCAGAGGAUGAGGUUUAAAGUGUCAGUCACCUCCAGUCUCUAUGAAACCCCUCAGUCUGUGUAGAUCCACCUGUAGUCGUUUAUUUUUAACCUUUUCAGAAACAUUUCACCAGUGGAGCGUACUGCCCUACAAAGGCAAAAGGCAGUAACUUUUUCGAAAAUGAGUUUUUGUCAUUUUUGGAACAUUACAGAUGUGCUUUAUCAUGUGGACAAAUAUGUUGAGUCAAUUGUGCUGUUCUUUUGAGAAAAUAGUAGGUUGUAUUUGCCUUAACUUCCAAAAGCCCUCGAGAAACCAAGGCAGAGUCCAGUAACUUCACUCAUCAGGGUCUUUGUACUGCAGUGUUCAGGAAUGCUCAAACUGAGUUAAGGUCUUCUGUCUUUGCUUUACUGCGGAUCAAAGUGAAGUUACUGUUUCACUGCAGUAGAGUUAAGAUGUUAUGCCUUUGUUUUAAUAUCUGUCAUCAAGCACUUAAUUGUGCCAUGAUCACUAGAUUUCAUGUAUAUGUUAUCAUUAUUAUCAUAUACUGAUUUAAAGAGCCCAUAUUAUGCCCUUUUUGGGGUUCGUAUAUUUAAUCUAUGUACCUACUUUUGUACGUUCACAAUAGCUAAAGUUCUAAAAAAGUGUCUGUUUUCAUGUACUGCUCCUCCUUGCUCCCUCUACGCUCUGAGUCCAACCAAGGGAGCUAUCAAAUGGAAGUUACUGCCUUUUGCCUUGGCAUGACCUCUUAUUAUUGUACAGGCAAUGCAAAGGCAGAGUACCUUAACUUCCAAAUAAGGAUCAGAGGUCAUAUUUAAGCUCAAUAUUUUUAUGUACAUUAAUAACCUGAUAAAAAGACAAAGAAUUGCCACAUUUUCAAUAUUCUGCCUGCAACUCAUUUUGCUGGACAACAAAAAUACUUUAAAGUCAUUUUUCUUAGUUCUACACUCUGGCGAGUUAAGGUCUUUUGCCUUUGUAGGGCAGCGUACAUGUGAUGUUUUGCUACUUCCUGUGCGCUUCAGAAUAAAUGUUGAAAUUCAA